CAAAAUAAAAUUUGAUGUUGAAAUCACCAACAGUGUUAAAUAUGACAUCCAAUGUAAAUAUUUAUACAUUAUAUGCUUUAAUCUUUAUCUUCGUGCUUUGUAUAUCGAAUCAGCGCGAUGAACACAAAUCAAAUAUAAAAAAACCGUUCGCCUCCCGCCGAGAGCAUGAAUAUUCAUAGAGAUAAAAAUAGCCCCAUGUGACAGACGACAACAUUGCGAUCGAAGCUGUCCACCAAGAAGGAAUAAUGUCUGCGGUGGGAAUUGGCGACGACGAUGAUUUGGGGGAGUCGGACUUCGAGUCGGACAUAUCAGUCGAUUCUCUCGAUUCCGACUCCGAGUCCGACUCCCAGGAAGAGAUAAGCGAUCACGAGGAAAAUAACCAAGAAGAGGCAGGGGCCAAACCAAUGGUCUGUGGCCCCUGGCUGCCCGUGCUGGACACAGACAGCUUUGACCUCGGCAACAGCAUUGACUUUGCCGAGGAGUGCGGCCCUGUCAACCCUCCAGACAUUCCUGAACACCCAUGGUAGAACGACCUCCCGUCUGGACUUCCACAUGUCCCUUCUCCACUCACUCGUCGGGAACACUCAGGUGAAGAGGAGGACUGGCAGGCCCAGGACCCAGCCUCCUUCCCGACGACUGACCGGACGUCACUUCAUAGAAGUGCUGCCUGAAGGGAAGAGGAAACAGUGUGUUCUCUGCAGAAAGAGACAGAGGACCUUCGAUGGCUCCGCAGGAAAGGUCAGGACCUGGUGUCCUGACUGCCACAUUGGUCUCUGUGCACGCUGUUUCCGUCAGUAUCACACAGUUGAUCACAUUGCAGCAACAUUACAGCGAUUCAUUGUAAAUAGAUUAAAUUAUAUUAAUGAUAUAUAUUAUAUAUAUUUACUGUAAAUAGAAAAUGGAUUUGUGUAUAUAUAAAAGGACAUGUUGGUGCGUGAGUAUGAUUCAACGCCACAUUUACAAUAUUCCAGUUAAUUCGUGGCGAUUCAUUGUAUAUGGAUUAUUGAUCUUUUGUUCACAAUUAUGUACUUCAUGUAAAUAGAGUGAGUAUGAUUCAUGCCGCUUUCAGCAGUAUUCCAGCUAAGAUGCGGCCCUUUUUUAAAACUUUAUUGUACAUAGUUUAUAUAUUAUUCACAUGUAAAUACUGUCAAUAAAUAUGUAUAGAUUGAGAGAUUUGUACAUUUGUCUUAUAUAUCUCAUUUAAACAGUUACAAGAUUUGUUACUGAUGAUACUUUUCAAAAUAUUAAAUAAAGUACAUUAAGGACAGUAAGUAUAACAGUAAGGACCUUGGAAUAAGAAAUAAUUUUCUAAAGUCUUUCCAAUUACAGCCAUAUGAAAGUGUGGUUGUUCCUCUGGAAUAUUAACAAAAUAUUCAAAAAUGUUCAUGUAUGCAUAUGUAAGCAUACUUUUUAAUUAUUAAUUGAUAUAUGGAAAUCGAUUCUCCAAUGUUAUCAUAACCAAUGACUUACAUACAUCUACAGAACUAAAGAAACUUUUUACUUCUAGUCCUUAUUAUGAUAAACCCUUAAAAAUUGAAAAUUUCUUCUUGUCCGUAUUAUACCUUAACUAUUGGUCAGUUUGGCAAGGACUAUUGGACAACUGCCACGUCUUUGCCGUAACGUAUUCUGAUAAAGUUCGCUCAACAGACAUAAUGUAAUCCAUAAAUUUUAGCGGUAAAUGCCACGAGCAAGCGCGGACGUGAGAGAAGACAGCAAGCCGUGAACGUAUUUGUUCCGGCUUGCGCAAAUCUGAAAUGAUGCCCGUUUUUUUCGAGCGGGUAACCUGUGCCUUUUGGUGUUUACAAAUUCUUCAUAGAUUACCUUUUUUUCAAAUUCGUCAAACAUUACCAGGAAUACAUGGUUUGAUUUGUAUUAAAUGUCCGUUGAAAUAUACUUCGGAUAAUGGUAUUCAUAACAGCUAGUCUACCACAUCGCCAUGGAAAUCAUUCGUCAAAAAGUUCCCGAAAGAAAGAUUAAUUAUCGAGAUCAAUUUUGAUUAUACUUUGAA